UGGUAUUUUAAACUCUCUGUCAAGAUAAAAACAAUCAACGCAAUAUCAGUCAUAGUUCCAUGCUUUAUCGCCUACUACCUACUUCAAAAGGUCCGCUUCGGUAGCUUGUUCGUUUCCACACUGAUUCUACGUGCCAUAACCAAGUUCCCUUGCCAGGAAGAUGACGUGAUCGUCACAGCCGGCUUCUCGUGACUCGUAACCCAUCACUCCCGGCUCCUUAAAUCUUCGGAUCCGAGUCCGACGAGCCCCGGCUUCCGCUGUUGCGACCACGGGACCGUUUCCUAAGCUUGUGCUCCUCGACAACGACCACAGCCGGUUGGCGGCUGCGACGGCUCUCGCUGAUAACUGAAACGAAGAUCCACGCAAUGCCAAAGACGGCAGCGAGGAUGGCGUAGGCAAUCUUGAACUCUUUGGGAGAGUUGGAGAUGUAUAAGCCGAGACCACCGUUGAUGAUGCCGAGUGGGAUGAGGAGGCGGCCGAUGAUCAGGUGGAUGUGUGACCAAAUCUGGCGAACGCCGUACUUCUUGAACUGAACGUGGUGGAUGUAGCCGAAGAUGGGUUGAAAGAAGAAGAUGGCAAGAAGGACGAGGCCGAUGAUUGGGUGGAAGUUAAUGGUGCUGAUCUCAUAC